AUGCCACCCUCGAAGCGAUCACGACCAGCAGACUGCAACGGUCAUUCGAAAUCUACUCCGGAAUGUUUCAUCGCUUCUGUUCCGCUGGAGAUCCUGGCAGAAAUGCUGUCUUACACUGUGUCUCCACGAGACGUACUUGCCGUUGCGCGCACUUGCAAAUACUUCUGCGCGGCACUGGUGAACAAUCCUUCGACAACAUUCAUUUGGCGACAAGCCCGCGCCCGUUGUUUACCCAAGCCCAUACCCGAUUUUCCGUCUAACUUCACAGAGGCAUCGUUCGCUGCGUUCCUCUUUGACCACAAAACAUGCGACGUCUGUGGCGACCGAGUGAGGGGCAUGUAUCGCUCGUUCUCGCUCCGAAUCGUGGUUUGUAGCAAGGUAGAGCUUAUGCCGCCUAGGGAACAUCUCCUGACUCGAAUCCAAGAGGAUACAUCUGCUACAGAAUUUCUGAAUUGGAUGCCUCGCCUGGAGUCGGACAAUGGUGCGUUUCACACACAUACCACUCUGCAUUCUUUCCGUGUCUUUCGCGGUUUAUUGGCCAUGAAGACCGCUUUCGAGCUAGGAAAUGUCGCUUUUGAAGCUUAUUUGCAUAGUAAACAGAUCUUGGCGGAUGCCCUUCCAGCAAAAAUCGAGUUCUAUCGAAAGAUCCGGGCAUGGGGCAUGGAAUAUGAGCAUUGCCGCGCCAGAGUUGUUGCCGAAAACUGGACCGUAGCGCAAAGCUUCGCCUCAUCAAUUCACGAAGAUGUAAAUGACGUCAUUCGCACGGCGACUUUCCGCCUUCUACAUGACUCAAAAUGCCGCUCUCUCCAGCGCAUCACCGAUGAAGAUCUUUCCCCGAUCAGAGAUAUCGUCGAAACCGAAGUCGCGGUGGGCAAAGCGAAGAGUGAACAGCGCAUCAUUGACGUCGCUCAGCAAGUGCGUCACAAUCAGAUCAAGACGAAGCGUAAGAAGAUCCAAUCGUCUCAGCCCGAGGAUCGUCCCGUCCUUCCCAGCGUCAACGAGUUCCGACGGCUGCCAAUCAUCAAGGUAUUCGAAACCACACAUCCAACUCCCUCAAGCAACGACGGUCAAUCCAGCAAACCUAGCAACCCGCGUACGCUCGAUGACCCAUUCGUCAACGCCGUCCUCGAGGAGAACCUUGACCAGUGGCGCCAGAGUGCCCGCGCGUCACUCGCAUCGGUGCUCGGUUUUCCAACAUGGCGCAACUUGAGCAAGCGCAAGUUGCACCCAGUGGAUCGCCUCACCGCUCGGUUCCGGUGCCGACGUUGCGAUGAUAGCCCACAUGCGAUCGGUACAACUGACGGCGGGAUGGACUUCACGGAGGCAUGCGGGCACACGUGCGCACAUCUGAGGAAGAAGAAGAAGUUGGCGAAGGACCGCUGGAGUGCAGAACGAUUUGUGGCCGAUCAGAAGGCCGUCGAUGCGAUCUCACAGGCGUUGUCGUUGUGCAACACCGAGCCAGACAGUAUCGAUUCGAUCAAGAUCGCGCGCGAGUUGGGGGACCGUCUGCAGUGCCAGUCCUGCCACCUCGUUAUGGACGUUGCUAGCGUGGGCCGCCACUGCAAGCGUCAUGUAGACGGAAGCUUCAUCCUACUUGCAUUUGGUGCGACGGCGAACCCACCGCUCGAGCACGGGCUGUCGCAGCGCCUUAUCAAGGACUCCGCCGCGAAAGCCGAAUGCGACGAGAAGGUGUUUAUCUGCCGUCACUGUGAACGCCUCAACGCGAACGAAACGCGUCUGUUCUCGUUUAACGGGAUGCGCUCGCACCUGAAAGAAAAACAUCUUAUCGCGCCAAUUGCCGACGAAGACUUCUUCCGUCAGAAAGGCGCGCCCGUCGCCGACGCCCCCGCAUAA